GGGCUCCCGGGCCACAGCACUGAGGUUCUCAGGAGAUGGGGCCAGAGGAGUGAGAGCUGACCCUGACUACCUGCUUCACCCGUUUGUCCAUCCGUCCAUCCGUCUUCCAUGAGAAUUGAGCAUGGAGCGUCACCACUGCUUGCUGGGCUUCCUGCUGCUGGCAGCAAGAUUGCCCCUUGAUGCAGCCAAACGAUUCCAUGAGGUGCUGGGGGAGGAAAGAGCUUCCGCUUAUCUGCGGAGCCACAACCAACUCAACGGCUGGUCUUCCGAUGACAACGACUGGGAUGAAGAGCGCUAUCCUGUGUGGGAGCCGGGAGACCCGAGGUGGAAAAGCUCCUGGAAAGGUGGCCAUGUGCAGGCAGUCCUGACCAGCGACUCCCCAGCCCUGGUGGGCUCAAACAUUACAUUUGUGGUGAGCCUGGUAUUCCCCCGAUGCCAAAAGGAGGAUGCCAGUGGCAGCAUAGUCUAUGAGAAGAACUGCCAAAAUGAUACAGGUUUGUCCCAUGACCCGUAUGUCUACAACUGGACAGCGUGGACAGAGGACGGUGACUGGGGAAAUGGCACGAACCACACUCAUCACGUGUUCCCUGAUGGGAGACCUUUUCCUCACCGCCCGGGAUGGAAGAGAUGGAAUUUUGUCUACGUCUUUCACACACUCGGUCAAUAUUUCCAGAAAUUGGGACGCUGUUCGGUGGGAGUGUCCAUGAACACAGCCAACGUGACUCUUGGCCCUCAAGUCAUGGAAGUGACUGUCUAUCGAAGACACCGGCGGGCAUUUGUUCCGAUCGCCAACGUUAAGGAUGUGUACGUGGUAACAGAUCAGAUUCCUGUAUUUGUGACUAUGUCCCAGAAGAACGAUCGCAAUUCAUCGGAUGAGACCUUCCUUCGGGACCUCCCAAUUACAUUCGACGUCCUGAUUCAUGAUCCCAGCCACUUCCUUAUUGAGUCCACCAUCAAGUACAAGUGGAACUUUGGGGACAAUACCGGUCUGUUCGUUUACAACAAUCACAUUUCAAAUCACACCUAUGUGCUUAAUGGGACCUUCAGCCUUAAUCUCACAGUGCAAGCUGCAGUGCCUGGACCUUGUCCCUCGCCUUCCCCCAGAUCUCCAAAGGCCACUCCGACUCUAGGUCCUGCUGGCGGCCACGGCCUGGAGCUGAGCGAGAUUGUUGCCAAAGGUUGCCAGAUUACCAAAUACGGUUAUUUUGAAACCAUCCUCACCAUCGUAGACGGCAUCCUAGACGUGAACAUCAUCCGGAUGACAGAUGUCCCAGUGCCGGUGCCACAGCCUGAAAACUCGCUGAUGGACUUUGUUGUGACAUGCCAAGGGAGCACUCCCACCGAGGUCUGUACCGUCAUUUCUGACCCCACCUGUCGGACCACACAGAGCACAGUCUGUGACCCGGUGGCUGUGGACAGUGACUGCUUGCUGACUGUGAGAAGAGCCUUCGAUGGGGCGGGCACAUACUGUCUGAACCUCACCCUGGGCGAUGCCACCAGUCUGGCCCUGACGAGCACCCUCGUCUCUGUUCCUGGAAAAAGCCCAGCUUCCCCCUUGAGAAUGGCGAAUGGGGUCCUGAUCUCUGUUGGCUGCUUGGUGAUAUUUGUCAUUGUGGCCACCCUCGUGAUGUACAAAAAAUACAGAGAAUACAAACCCAUAGAAAACAUUCACGGGGAAGGAGGCAAAGGUACAGGCCUGGGUGCUCUCGUCACCCAUGCCAAGGCCGCCCUGUCCCGCAGAAGCCUGGAGAGAGAUCCACUGCUCCAGAACCAGCCGGGAAAGGUUUAAAUCUGCAGCCUCCUGUCUGACCAGCGGGGGCGCACUCUUCUGGGUCAUUGAUGCGAGCGGCGCUGGAAGCGGGGUGUCUAUUAACUUUUCUUCCCCGGGGGUUAUGUGUAGAUGUCAGGGCCUAGGCAAGCACUAGCGGCGCCGCGCAGGUUGUACAGAGGAUGAGACCACGGGCAGCUCUUCUUUUCAUUACUCUGCCUUUUAUUGUGAUGCGCCCGGUGUGUAGGAGGGAGACGGUCCUAGUCCUUAGAGUCGGGUCUAGGUUCACUGGCUGGAGAGGCCAGAACUUUCCUAGCUUUCCAUGUACCCAUUUGCGUGAGACCAAGGUAUUCCUGGCCACAAUAUUCCAGGCCAACUUGGUCCUGUUUCCAUGAACACGCCAAGUGCCCCACUGACUGACUCAAAUCAUUGGUGUGAUAUGCGUAU